AUGCCCGUCUCCUUUGCCCGAAUAGCCUGCCGCUCGGCGAAGCGGGUCUGUCUUCGCCCCAGGACGCCUCACGCCAGCAUUCCCGCAUACCGCAGCAUCGCGACCUCGCUGCCCCGGCACUUCGCUCAGGCAUCAGAACCCUCGACAGAACAUGGAGCCGCCGGCGUGGGCGGCACACGCUUGAUCAAUGUCGACGCAGACUUUUCCCGGCCGAUCGACCCGAACGACGAGAAGGGCAUGGACAACGCAAACGACAACGACACCAGCAAGAGGAAGAUCAGACACUACACCGUCAACUUCGGCCCGCAGCAUCCAGCAGCCCACGGCGUGCUACGGCUGAUCCUCGAGCUCAACGGCGAGGAAAUCGUGCGCGCGGAUCCGCACGUCGGCCUGCUGCACCGCGGCACAGAGAAGCUGAUCGAGUACCGGACGUACCUCCAGGCGCUGCCCUACUUCGACCGCUUCGACUAUGUCAGCAUGAUGACCAACGAGCAGUGCUACUCGCUCGCGGUGGAGAAGCUGCUGAACGUCGAGAUUCCGGAACGGGCGAAGUGGAUCCGGACGCUGUUCGCGGAGAUAACGCGGGUCCUCAACCAUCUCAUGUCUGUGCUGUCGCACGCCAUGGAUGUUGGUGCCCUGACGCCGUUCUUGUGGGGGUUCGAGGAGCGUGAGAAGCUUAUGGAAUUCUACGAACGCGUCUCCGGCGCCCGCCUCCACGCCGCCUACGUCCGCCCCGGCGGCGUCUCGCAAGAUUUGCCCCUCGGCCUCCUUGACGACAUCUACCAAUGGGCCACGCAAUUCGGCGACCGCAUCGACGAGACCGAGGAGCUGCUAACCGACAACCGCAUCUGGAAGGGCCGCACACAGGGCAUCGGCGUCGUGUCCGCCGCAGACGCAAUCAACUACUCCUUCUCCGGCGUGAUGCUCCGCGGGUCCGGCGUGCCCUUCGACGUGCGCAAGAGCCAGCCAUACGACGCAUACGACCAGGUCGAGUUCGACGUGCCCGUGGGCGUCAACGGCGACUGCUACGACCGCUACCUGUGCCGCAUGGAGGAAUUCAGGCAGAGCCUCCGCAUCAUCCACCAGUGCCUCAACAAGAUGCCGACUGGCCCUGUGAAAGUCGAGGACUAUAAGAUCGCGCCCCCGCCGCGGGCUGCCAUGAAGGAGAACAUGGAGGCGCUGAUUCACCACUUCUUGCUGUUUAGCAAGGGAUACAGCGUACCGCCAGGUGAGACCUAUUCUGCGAUCGAGGCCCCGAAGGGAGAGAUGGGCGUGUUCUUGGUCAGUGAUGGCAGCGAGAGGCCAUAUAGGUGUAAGGUGCGUGCGCCAGGGUUCGCGCAUCUCAGCUGCUUCGAUCAGAUCUCGAGGGGGCAUUUGUUGCCGGAUGCGGUGGCUAUCAUUGGGACGAUGGAUCUAGUGUUUGGAGAGGUCGACAGGUAG